AUAAAGGAAAGAGCGUUAGAAGCGGUCCAUCUAUCCACAUUCCACACAAUCAUAAAAUCAAACACAUUACCUUCACAACACAACGCAACACAGUACUCAGAAAUUUCUCUUCUCUACCCCCUUUUCAUUUUCACCUCUUUUUUGCCUUCCUUUUCUUUUCCCUUCUCUAUCUAUCUAUUUCUCUGUUUCCGUUUAGGGUUUGAUUUUGAUUUUUCUUUUUUUCCACUUAUCCAAACACCAGAGCUAUCCAAGAAAAUUUUUCUCUUUCUUUCAUUUUUUUUUUUUUUUUAUAAUUUCUUUUUGUAAUCUGUAUUUAUGACUUCGACUUCUGUGAAGAACAACUUCUUGCCUCCGGGUUUGGUCUCUAAUCUACAAGAGGUUCUUCUUAGCAGGAAGGCUGGUGAAGAAGGAGGGGGAGGAGGAAACCAAUCCAAGGACGCUGAUGACUCCACCCAACAACCCCCCUCUUCUUCUACUUCUUCUGCUGAAGUUGUAGAUGCCAAUGAUACUUCUAAGCCUAUUAUCCUCAUCACCAAUGGUGAUGGGAUUGACUCCCCUGGUCUUACCUCCCUUGUUGAAGCUCUUGUUUCUCAAGGCCUGUACAAUGUCCAUGUCUGCGCUCCUCAAUCGGACAAAUCGGUCUCGGGUCAUUCUGUGACUCUCCGAGAAACGGUUGCUGUGAAUUCCGCUGAAAUUGUUGGUGCCACGGCUUAUGAAGUUUCAGGGACACCUGUGGAUUGUGUUUCAUUAGCACUAUCUGGGGCACUGUUUUCUUGGUCAAAACCUUGGCUGGUAAUUAGCGGUAUUAAUCGGGGCUCAAGCUGUGGCCAUCAUGGAUUUUACUCUGGUGUUGUUGCGGGAGCUAGAGAGGCAUUAUUAUGUGGUAUACCAUCUUUGUCAAUAUCCCUGAAUUGGAAGAAGGAUGAAAGUCAGGAAAGUGAUUUCAAAGAUGCAGUUGCUGUCUGUUUGCCUUUGAUCAGUGCAGUUAUUAGGGAUAUUGAAAAGGGAACUUUUCCCCAGAGUUGCUUUCUGAAUGUAGAAAUUCCAACAUCACCGCCAUCAAAUAAGGGGUUUAAACUAACCAAGCAAAGUAUGUGGCGAUCCACUCCUAACUGGCAAGCUGUUUCGGCAAAUCGAUAUCCUGCUGGACAUUUCAUGUCUAAUCAACAGAGUCUUGGUUUGCAGCUUGCACAGCUUGGUCGAGAUGCCUCAGCUGCUGGUGCAGCUCGCCGCUUGACCACGCAAAAGAAGAAUGUUGUGGAGAUUGAAUCUGUUGGAGCUGCAGGAAAACCUAACUCGGAGCGGGUGAAAAAGUACUUCCGACUAGAGUUUCUGGAUAAGGAGCAAAGUGACACAGACGAGGAUCUGGAUUUCAGAGCACUUGAAAAUGGAUUUGUUUCAGUAACUCCAUUCUCUCUUUCUCCACAUGUUGAGUCGGAAAUUCAUAAAGCAGCAUCAGACUGGAUUUCCUCUGCACUUCAGCAAGAGCAAUAGGCAUCCUUAGUCCACAGCAUGAUAUCGUGUACAUUUUAAAGUGCUGACAUUUUUUUUGUUUGUUGUUUUUUUUUUUCUUCUUCUUUCUUUUGGGUCUGCAGUUCUGAUAUUUAGUUGCCAAUGAAGAGUUGAUAACGAUUUCUGUAAUUUUGCUUUUUACUAGUAGCUGGUUUUAUUUUUCCAUUGUUUCUUUGUUUAAAGUCUUCUAUUUCAAUUGUGGAGCAAAUGCUUCCUGUAAUCCAUUUGGCACGUUUUAAAAAUGCCAGUUUGUCUUCUUUAUCGUUACUAGCAAAAACUUGAAAGAGCUUGUAACUUAGUGGAUGCUUUAUAUAUUUGGCUUAAUUUUAAUAUAGGUUGAAUUGGGUUGGUUUCUUGCUA